AGCAGGCAGGAAAGCGUUGGCCUUCCGCCACUCCUUCCCUCAGCUCCCCGCCCAGGCCUUUUUCUGGAAGCGGAGCCUCCUCCCUUCCUCUCUCUCUCUCUCUCUCUCUCUCUCUCUCUCUCUCUCUCAUGGCUGGCAAAAGCGAGGAAGCGGAGGGAGAACCGGGGCCAGGCGGGGAGAGCCACUUGCUGCGCCCCUCGCAAGGCUUCCAAGGCGGCCCUUUUCCUCCCCAGGCGCCCUUGGCCGCCGUGUACCAGGCGCUGGGCUGCUUCCCUUCCGUGUCGUCUGCCUGGCUGGGGGCAGGCUUCGUGGGCGGCGGUGGCGAGAUCCAGUACCUCCCCCUGUUCACGGAAUGGUGCCAACCUGAUCUUGAGCGCUGUCAGCUGCUGCAGUUCAGGCGCCAGUAUAUCCUUCAUUAUGAUGGCAAAGCGGUUGUCUCAGUCACUCCUUUCGGUUUGCCAGCUGAGAUCCAAAAUCAGCUGAUGAUCAAAAUGUCACCCACUGGAAGGCAUAAGGCUAUUCUGACUCACCACUUUGAGAAGGGACAGAAACAAGAAGUGCUGGAGGUCUGGAGCAACAGUGGGAAAGUGCAACACAUCAAUCUCACGGCAGUGGAUAAACAUGGCAAAGUAUACACAGAUGGUCAUUUUGGAUGUCUUGCUUGGUCUAGCACAGAAAAAAAGAUCUUGUAUGUAGCAGAGAGAAGGCGACAAAAAAAGCACCCUCUUUUUCCUCAAGAGGGAUCCUCCAAAAAAACAGCGAAGCCAAGUGAAGCAGGAGAGCAGGAGCAGUUUGGGUACUAUGACAAUUGGGGAGAAGCACUAAGUGACAAGAGCAUCCCAGUCAUGUGUGUGCUGAACACUGAAACCAGUGAAGUUUCAAUACUGGAUGGCAUCCCAGAGUAUAUCUCCCCAGGGCAGGCCCUUUGGUCCCCAGACAACAAGGGUAUAGUGUUUGUAGGCUGGUGGCAUGAGCCCUUCAGAUUGGGGUUGAGUGCCUGCUCCAAUAGAAGGUCAGCCUUGUUUCUCUUGGAUCUUACUGAAAAGAGCUGUGAACUGCUUUCCUUGGAUGAUCAGGCUGUCUCCUCUCCCCGCCUCAGCCCAGACGGAACCCGCCUGAUAUACUUGGAGGGACCAGUAUUUGGGCCUCAUCGUCAUUGCCUGAAACUAAAGAUGCUCAACUGGCAAACAAAGCACACAUCUAUAGUAGUGGAUGUUGUCAGGACUGCAACGGAUGGUGUUUAUGGAAUUUACCCUGGGGCACUUCCUCUGCUUUGUUGGGCUACUGACAACAGAGUCCUGCUUAGCACACCUCAGAGGAGCAGGAAGGAGCUGCUAGUUGUGGAUACCAAUAUGGGAAGUGUAAAGUCUAUUACAGCAGGAGAGCCAGAAGGUAGCUGGACUCUUCUGGGAAUUCAUCAGGAUCUCAUUCUGGCAAGUUGUUCAUCUCCCAAUUGUCCUCCGAGCCUGAAGGUGGGUAUGCUUCCUAUUACUGGGAAUGAACCUGGACUACACUGGAUAACUGUGGAGAAAGCUUCUGUAUUGCCCAAUAUGGAAUGGCAGAUCCUGACAGUGCACCCUCCAGUGUCUCAGGAAGGCAGUCCUUACACUGAUCAGACAUUUGAAGCUGUGUUGCUGAGACCUGAAGUAAGCAAAGAAGGAGUAAAGACAUUUCCGCUUAUUGUUUCCCCACAUGGUGGCCCACAUGCUGUUUUUGAUGCUUGUUGGGAUCCAACCAUGGCAUGCCUCUGCCAGCUGGGCUUUGCUGUGCUCAUGGUGAAUUACAGAGGCUCCCUGGGUUUUGGCCAGGCUAGCAUCGACUCACUGAUCUCCCACGUUGGUGUACAAGAUGUGGAAGACACUCAGCUGGCAGUGGAAUUAGCCCUGCAGAUGGGAACUCUGGAUCCAAAGAGAAUUGCCCUGUUAGGAGGCUCUCAUGGUGGGUUCAUCUGUUGUCAUUUGAUUGGCCGAUAUCCAGACAUGUACAAAGCCUGUGCAGUGAGAAGCCCUGUCAUCAACAUGGCUACUCUACUGGGGACCUCUGACAUCCCUGACUGCUGUCAAAGGUUUGGAUUGUUUGGCAGAGAUCAGAAAUUCAAAUGCUACACCAAUGGGCUACAUAAUUUCCGCAGGCGGUAUUCAGCUCUGGGUCUGCCUUACUUCUCUGAGCGGAUUCCCACAGAAGUGGAUCUGGCUACCAUGCUGCUCAGUUCCCCCAUAAUUCAUGCUGCAAAGGUACAAGCACCUGUUUUGCUCUGUGUGGGUGCCAAGGACCAUCGAGUAUCUCCAUAUCAAGCUCUGGAAUAUUAUCGUGUGCUGAGAGCCAGAGGUGUUCCUGUGCGCCUCCUGUGGUAUCCUGAAGAAAAUCAUGCCAUAAGUAGUGUGGAGGCCAAAGCAGAUGUUUUUAUUCAUUGUGCACAGUGGAUUAUGCAUCACCUCUCAGUGGAAGCAGAUACUGGAAGUCAGCAGCUAUCCUUAAAAGCUGAAGCCUAACAGUGUUGAAAAGCAAAGAGCAUAUGAAAAUAUAUAUGCCACAAAUGGUAUGUAGGCUUCAAUACAGACUUCACACUGCUUCUCUACCUUCCGGCAAGCAAGCAAAUUGUUGGUUUUUGAGGACUUCCCAAUUUCUAGUACUACUGUGACACCAGGUGCAACAAACAGUACAAGUCUACUCGGAAAUAAAACUGCCUUAUAACACUUUGUAUUGCAAGUAAAAUUUUUGCCACAGA